UUUUAAUGCCUUUUUACAGUUACGUUGUAUGCGGAGAUACUGUUUGGGUUGAGACUGAAAUGACCUAGGAGCUAGGCAGGGGAUGGCUUGGGGGAAGCAUGUUCCUGGCAGAGGUGACUGCAAAUGCGAAGGUCCUGAGGUGAGGGUGAACUUGGAGGCCCCGGAGAAAGUGGUGCAGGUGAGGUCAGCCACAGCCAGACCCUGCCGGCAGUGAGCCCCCCAGGAGGUGUUUGGAGGUUGUUCUAAGUGUGGUGCAUGCCCCAGUCAGUCUUCCCCUUCUCUCCUCCUCCUCUCUCUUUUUUCUCUCUUCUCUCUCCUCCCCACUGCAUUCGCUCCCCCUCCAUUGAUGGUUUGGGGAGCAGAUGGCAUCACCCAGAUUGCCUGGGUUUUAGCAGAACGGAUGGAGUUGGGGCUGGCGAGACAAGAGUCGGUGUACCAGGGAGCUGGUACUCUGGGAUCCAGUUCAGAUCCAGGCCUCAGAGCUAAGUGCCUGUGGACAAGUCACUGAACAUCUUGGGGCUUCUGUCCUUCACCUCUCCAUGGGGGCAGGGGUUAAGCCACCUCCCUCAGAGGCUUGUGAGGGAGGAGGGCACUCCCAGGGAAGAAUCCAAGGUGACUCGGUUGUCUGUGGGGAGGGUGAGGGGAGAAGGGGCAGGAAGGCUGCAGAAGAGAGCCAGUCCCUCAGCUAUCCUAACAGGAAAUCAGCAGGCACUGUUUAAAACAGACAAAUCAAGAAAUAGCAGCAUAAGCAAAUUAUUUAGAAAUGUGAAGGUCAAUGCCAGAGAAAACAGUGAUGAGUUGAAAGUGGCUGCUUCAGAGGGUUGGAGAGGCUUGGGGAGGGGGGUGUUCCUGUGUGUGUUUAAGUUUUCACAGCCAUAUACGUGUACUAUUUUGAUGAAAAAUUAACUUAAUGUAAGUUUGUAAACACUUAAACGCCAGCCCUUUGGGAAACAUUUCCAUCUGUGUCUUCUCUGAGUUGGCGGGUUUCUCCAGCUCUCUGGGAAAAAACAUGGUAACCUUGUUAGGGUGUUUUUGAUCUUUCUGGAUGUUUUGUUCAAAGCAUGUUUAUUCUGAGUAGGUGCUGGCGAUCUAUGGUGAAUGUAAGAUGCAAUGCCUGAUUGGAGGAAGAAGGAGGAGGAGUGAAUCAUUCAGUGCUGGAGGGGCUGUCAUGGAAGCAUGGCCGUGCCCUAGGAGGGAGAGGAGAGUGUCCGGCUGCCCGAGUUGUGCACUGCCCAGGAGGUCUUGAAGGCUGAGUCCAGGAGUACGCAAUGGGCAGGAGCACAGUGGCAUCCCACAGAGGACAGGCAGAGGUUCUGGCCAUGGAGGAAGAAGUGGCCCAGAGCCUUCUUGAUGCGAAGGAGCGGGCGCACCAGGGGGGUGUCGAGUUGCAGCAGCUCAAAGCCGAGCUUCGGAAGGCCGGCGAGGAGGACACCCGUCUGAAGGCCAGCCUCCUUCAGCUCACCCGAGAGCUGGAGGAGCUCAAGGAGAUCGAGGCCAGUCUGGAGAGACAGGAGAGGGAGGUUGACGAAGACACGACUGUCACCAUCCCCUCGGCCGUGUAUGUGGCUCAACUUUAUCACCGAAUUAGUAAAAUUGAGUGGGACUACGAGAGUGAGCCGGGGAUGGUCAAAGGCAUCCAUCACGGCCCCAGCGUCGCCCAGCCCAUCCACCUGGACAGCACCCAGCUCUCCAAGAAGUUCAUCAGCGACUAUCUCUGGAGCCUGGUGGACACGGACUGGUAGCCGGGAGCCUCGGGGACACGUCCGUCCACAGCACAAAGCAGCCGUGGUGGGUGGUCGGUGCCUCAGUGGUGAGAUGAGCUGAACAUUAAAUGUUUACACACAA